CUUCACACGCGCGGGGAAGCAACUCGGAAACGGACCAAGAUGGCGGCGCCCAGUGAGGGGCUAAUGUUUGCUGCGGGGGUCGAAAAGAACUGUAGUGCGGUUGUUCGCUCCCCAGAAGGGACUCCCCAGAAAGUCCGGCAGCUGAUAGAUGAGGGGAUUGCCCCGGAAGAGGGAGGCGCCGAAGCGAAGGACACAUCUGCCACAUUCCAGUCAGUUAAUGGAUCACCCCAAGCAGAAGAACCUCCAUUGGAAUCUACAAGCAAAGAAGCCUUCUUUAGCAGAGUGGAAACCUUUUCUUCUUUGAAAUGGGCAGGUAAGCCCCCUGAGCUGUCUCCACUGGUCUGUGCAAAAUAUGGCUGGGUCACAGUUGAAUGUGAUAUGCUGAAGUGCUCCAGCUGUCAAGCUUUUCUCUGUGCCACUUUACAACCAGCUUUUGAUUUUGACAGAUAUAAGGAACGAUGUGCUGAGCUGAAGAAAGCCUUGUGUACUGCCCAUGAGAAGUUCUGUUUCUGGCCAGACAGCCCCUCUCCAGAUCGAUUUGGGAUGUUGCCAUUGGAUGAACCUGCGGUUCUUGUUAGUGAAUUUGUAGAUCGUUUUCAAAGCCUUUGUCACUUGGACUUCCAGCUUCCUUCCCUGAGGCCAGAGGACUUAAAAACUAUGUGCUUGACAGAAGACAAGAUCAGUCUUCUCCUGAACCUGCUUGAAGAUGAACUUGAUCACCGAACUGAUGAGAGAAAAACUGCAACCAAACUAGGUUCAGACAUCAUCCAAAUCCACGUCACUUCCUGUAUUCUCUCCCUGUGUGGCUGGGCGUGUAGUUCUUCAUUGGAACCCAUGCAGCUCUCCCUGAUAACAUGUUCACAGUGUAUGAGGAAGGUGGGGCUCUGGGGCUUCCAGCAGAUCGAGUCAUCCAUGAUCGACCUGGAUGCCUCCUUUGGUCUGACCAGCUCCCCCAUCCCAGGCUCUGAGUGCCGGCCAGAGCGCUUCUCUCUGGUGCCUGAGUCUCCUCGGAGGAUGAUGACUCGGAGCCAGGAUGCCUCGUUUUCCCCAGGCUCAGAGCAGGUCUUAGUUGCAGCGCACGGGAUCUUCAUUGAGGCUGAAAGGAGCCCAGGUCCCAUUGUCUCUAGAACUCGAAGCUGGGACUCUUCCAGUCCUGUCGACCGUCCUGAGCCAGAGGCCGCUAGCCCCACCACCAGAACCCGCCCAGUGACCCGAAGCAUGGGAACAGGAGACACCACUGGCCUGGAAGUGCCAUCUAGUCCUCUUCGGAGAGCCAAACGGGCUCGCCUCUGCUCUUCCAGCAGCUCGGACACAUCUUCCCGAAGCUUCUUUGAUCCCACUUCUCAGCAUCGAGACUGGUGUCCUUGGGUGAAUAUCACAUUUGGGAAAGAAACCAGGGAGAAUGGUGGAACUGAGGUAGAUGCCAGCACCCCGGCAGAGCCAGGCUGGAAGGCAGUGCUGAACAUCCUCUUGGCCCACAAAGAGUCUAACCAGCCAGCUGAAGCCGACUCCAUGAGUCUCUCUGAGAAAUCAAGGAAGGUAUUCCGAAUAUUCCGGCAGUGGGAAUCUUUAUGCUCAUCCUGAAGAUAUUCCAGCCCUUCCUGCAGAGAAGUGGAAAGAGUGGCUUUGAAAAAUGAAGCCUGAAUUCCCUUUUGAGCAGCUGAUGCUAAGUUUUUCUCCGUUCUGGUUUAAUCAUAAGGAGCCCCUGCCCUUGCAAAGGUAUGCAUGUCAUCAUCUGCAUCUGACUGAGGGGAAAACCUGUUUGCAACACAGGGAUGUGGGCUGGGAGAGGUAGGGCGACCCUGGCUCUGUUAAAGGGGUGCGUGGUUCCAAAGCUCAACGGAGGACCCAGGGCUCCUUACGAAACUCGACGGAGGACCCAGGACUUGAGCAUUUUUAGUGUCUUUAGCGGGGACAGUGUUUUGAGGAUUCAUAUCCCAGGAAUACGUCAGUAUGUGUUAAUAAAAUAUUUGUUAAGAUUCUUACAGCUGGAGAACUGUUUUCCUCCUUGUCUAAUGGGCUGACAUAAAGGAAGUUGAGACUGAGAAAACUACAGUGGAGCAGUAAACAAAGGCAAAAUUUCAGUUUUCAGAUUGGCUGCAAAGCCGUGAAUUUAUUUGUGAUUCUAGUCAAAGAAGUAUUCCUAAACCAGAGACAAGACAUUGUUCAUUAUAUCACCAGGAGAUCUCCUGAUGUGUUAUAGUGAAUGGUAAGCUGAUAAUUUUCUCUCUUCACUUUGAUAAUAACAGAAUAAGAGACUAUAACAAAGGGAGGAAGGCUCUUCAGAAGAGACCCCUCUCCAUGCGCCUUCUAAUGCAAGGCUCCCCUGAGUGGGGCUCCCCAAGGCUCUUUCACUGCUGGUGGAGAGCAUUGGUGUCCAUGGUGGAGAAGCUGACCCUGACCUGCCCCAACUAAAUAGACUACCCACUGAGAAAGUGACCAUGAAGGAAACUAGCUAUUCUUCAGAAUGUCGUACUUUCUUUUAGUGACUGUGGUUGGUUGGUUUUAUAACUCACUUCUUUUAUACUGAAGUAUUUUAAAGAACAUAUGUAAUAUAAUAUUCCACCCAUGCUAAACUUCAGGUUAUAUCUCUAAAAAACAGAACAUUUUUUCUAUGUACUACAGCCAACAAAAACUAAUAAUCCCUUAAUAUCGUCUAAUACCCAGUCCAUAUACAAAAUUCCCAGUUGUUCCAAAAAUGUCCUUUACAUUUGAUUUGUCCAAACCAGGAUCCAAUUCAAGAUCAUGGGUUGCAUAAAUCUCUUUAGUCUAAAGGACAGUCCCUUUUUCUCAUAUAUGUCAGAUUUAAAAUUUGUCAUUUUUCAAUCCUGACUUUUUAAAAGGGUAAAUAGUGUUGAUAUCUUUCCCAAAUCAAGCCUCCAUCCAUGGAUAAGCCUGUUAGAGGCUGCUUCCAAGUUAUUUUUCUAGGGGUGCUCUUUUGCCUUUGGCACUAAUGAAAGGCUUGACUGUUCAUUCUCCAGUCUCCAUGGUCCCCUUAGAGGCUGAUUAGUGGGCAGCUCUCUAAUGAGAGCUUCUGGAAUGAGACUUCUGGCCCAGGGUGGGAAGCCAUUUGCUGACAAGUGGCUAUGUAGAAGUCUGCUCACUAGAAGCUCAUAGCCUCUAGAUCACGAUUUCUUAAGGAGUAGUGUAGAAUCAUUAACACAAGGUAUUCAAAUGGACUACAAGCCUAAGUUUCAGUUUAUAAUAAUGUGGGUUUUUUUUUUUUUUUGUCUUUCCAUUACAAUUUUUGAUUUUGACCUCCCUCCAAAAAAUGUUUUUACUUUUCUUUAAAAUAGGCAAAGUUCCACACUUUUUUUGGUUUUGUGUUUUUUCAAUCAUAAAUGGAAGCAGAUUGGGAUAGACUUGAUGUGACUCAAGAAACAUUAAGUUUCUUCCAUGUGUGUGGCACUGUCCAAGCCCUUAUAUAAUGCAAAGGUGAGUGACCACCUGGUUUCCACCGUAAAGAAGUUUAUAGUCCAGGGACUUCCCUGGUG